AUGUUUAAACGAUCAUAGCUCUCAGCAUUCAUACCCUACGCCAAGAUACCCAACCACACUAUACAAUUAAACCUCCCCCAGGCACAGCUCUUCUUUUCUAAGCUUGAUCUUCCUGCUUUUGACAGAAUGCCAAGCACAAAAUAAAUCUAAGAAAGAGAAGAAGAUUAACUUCUCUUAAGCAACUCUAACCAGAUACUACAGAAUAUUCCACUCCUUCAACUCAAGACUGUCAGGAAAGAGUCAUCAAACAGUAUGUCAUCCAUGCUUGAAAGUGGAUUAAGUGAAGAUGAGGACAUCAACGACUUUACACUUUAGUCUCACGCAUAUCCAAGUACAAAUGCAUCUUCUACUGCAAGUCCAUUAUUAUCAGAUAAAGAGCUAGUAUAAAAUAACAGUAUCAGAGACAAAGAACAUUUCAACAGUACUUAUAAAAAGUUACUCAAAGAGACUAACAUCGAUUCUAAAACAUUGUUAUUAGACUUCGAAGAUCUAAAUGAAUGUGUAGCAGCAUUGCUGAAAAAGUCCAAGGAUGAGAAUGGAUCAGGAAGAGAUAUAAAGAGAAGAUAAAGAAAGAAUAAAGAUUAGAUAAAACUACUAGAGAAUGAAUAUAAAAAGACUCAAAACUGGACAAGAGAUUACAUAAAAAAGAUCUCAGCUAGACUAGGACUAAGGGAGUGCCAAGUAUAUAAAUGGCACUGGGACCAAAGAAAAAAAGAUGGUGUUGAAAUGCCAAGCUAAAAAUAUCUAUGA